AUUCAUCCAUCCAUGCAUCUCAAGCUCGAAUCCUUCGUCUCCUUCCUUGCGCUGUUGGUGCUUUUCCACGUUCUGGUUGGCCUCAGCCAUGCGGCGGCGGCGGUGGCUGCCGGUGGUGGUGAUCAGUUCAUGUAUGAGGGGUUCGCCGGCGCGUGGCUCGACCUCGACGGCAUGGCCGUGGUCGAGCCGGACGGCAAGCUCAUGCUGACCAACGUCACGUCCCAGAUGAAGGGCCACGCGUUCCACCCGGCGCCGCUCCGCUUCCAUGCGCCGGCGAACGGCACCGCCGCGGUGAGGUCGUUCUCGACAGCCUUCGUGUUCGCCAUCGCGGCGGACUAUGUCACGGUGAGCGGCAACGGGCUUGCCUUCUUCGUCGCGCCGAGCAAGAACCUGUCCACGGCGUCGCCGAGCCAGUUCUUGGGCCUCUUCAACAGCGAGAACAACGGCAACGCGAGCAACCGCAUCUUCGCCGUCGAGCUCGACACCAUCCUCAACCCGGAGUUCCGGGACAUCAACAGCAACCACGUCGGCGUCGACGUGAACGGCCUGGUGUCCGUCGCCUCCAAGCCCGCCGGCUACUACGCCGACGACGACGCCGGCGCGUUCAAGAACCUGACCCUCUUCAGCGGCGACGCCAUGCAGGUCUGGGUGGACUACGACGGCCGCUCCACGGUGGUGAACGUGACGCUGGCGCCCGUCGAGGUGCCCAAGCCGAGUAAGCCCCUCAUCUCCGUCGCCGUUGACCUCUCCCCGGUGGUGAACGGCACGGCGUACGUCGGGCUCUCUUCGUCGACGGGGCCCUUCCACACGCGCCAUUACGUGCUCGGCUGGAGCUUUGCCAUGGACGGGCCAGCGCCGCCGCUCAACUACGCGAAUCUCCCCAAGCUGCCGCGCGUGAGCGCCAAGCGGCGGUCCAAGGUGCUCGACGUGCUCGCGCCGGUGGCCACGCCUCUCCUCGCGCUCGCGGUGGUAGCCGGCGUCUCCUUCCUCGUAUGGCGGCGGAUCCGGUACGCCGAGCUCCGGGAGGACUGGGAGGUGGAGUUCGGCCCGCACCGGUUUGCGUACAAGGACCUGUUCGUCGCCACCAGCGGCUUCGACGGCAAGCGGCUGCUCGGCGUCGGCGGAUUCGGCCGAGUGUACAGGGGCGUGCUCCCGGCGUCCGGGACGGAGGUCGCCGUGAAGAUCGUGUCGCACGACGCGAAGCAGGGGAUGAGGCAGUUCGUCGCGGAGGUCGUCAGCAUCGGCCGCCUCCGCCACCGCAACGUCGUGCCGCUGCUCGGCUACUGCCGCCGUCGAGGCGAGCUCCUGCUGGUCUACGACUACAUGCCGAACGGCAGCCUCGACCGGUGGCUGCACGACGAGGGCGCGCCGCCGCUCAGCUGGGCGCAGCGGCUGCACGCCAUUCGGGGCGUCGCCGCCGGGUUGCUCUACCUCCACGAGGACUGGGAGCAGGUGGUCGUCCACCGCGACGUCAAGGCGAGCAACGUGCUCCUCGACGGCGAGAUGAACGCGCGGCUCGGAGACUUCGGGCUGGCUAGGCUGUACGACCGCGGCGCCGACCCGCAGACGACGCGGGUGGUGGGCACCAUGGGGUACCUCGCGCCGGAGCUCGCGCACACGCGGCGUGUCACGCCGGCGACCGACGUGUUCGCGUUUGGGUCGUUCGUCCUGGAGGCCGCAUGCGGCCGGCGUCCCAUCGAGCACCGCUCCGCUGCCGCCGCCGCCGCCGCAGCCGCCUACGACGACGACGGCCAGUUCGUGCUUGCGGACUGGGUGCUCGACCGGUGGCACAAGGGUGACAUCGCCGCCGCGGCGGACGCGCGGCUGUGCGGCGACUACGACCCCAACGAGGCGGCGCUGGUGCUCAAGCUAGGACUCCUUUGCUCCCACCCCGUGGCCGCCGAGAGGCCGUCGAUGCGGCAGGUGGUGCAGUUCCUCGACGGCGACGUGGCGCUGCCGGAGCCGGAGCCCACGUACCGGAGCUUCACCACGCUGGCCAUGAUGCAGAACGCCGACGGCUUCGACUCCUGCGCCGUGUCGUAUCCGUCGACGUCGACGAGCAUCGACGGCGCGCCCUCCGUCCUCUCCGGAGGAAGGUGACCGAUCAAGCCAUCAAGGACGCAUCUUCAUCCCUGACACCAACGCUGACCCUCCUUAGAAUUUUAGAACAAGUUACACACAUUUGGAACACAGAAAUUUCAUAUACUAGUUUAUAGAUUAUUCGAAGCAUACUCAUUCAGAAAGCAAUAUUCUAAUCAGAAUGUUAGAGCUUACAGACGAUUUCCGCCCAGUCUUCUAGCU